CAAUGAAGUCAAUACAGAGAAAUAUAGUCUCCAAACUCUCCUCUCUUCCACUGUAGAAUCCUCAUAAGUCCAGUUAUAUCCAACAAAGUGGUAUUAGAGCUCCUUAUUGAAAUGGCAAGUGGGAAUCUAGUUUCAUUGCAGGUUCCAAAAUUCUCAAAAGAGAAGUUUGACAAUUGGUGCAUCCGAAUGAAGGCCAUACUCGGUGCACAUGAUGUGUGGGAAAUUGUUGAGAAUGGAUAUGAUGCUCCUAAAGACAUGAGUGCUCUUACACAAGCACAAAAGGAUCAGUUUAAUAGCAUCAAGAAAAAGGAUCAAAAGGCCGUUUCUCUCAUUCACCAAGCAUUGGAUGAGGUUACCUUUGAGAAGGUUUCUAAUGCCACCACAACAAAGGAUUUGUGGGAGAAGCUUCAAGCUGCCUGUAAAGGAAAAGAAAAGGCAAAGAAAGUGCACCUCCAAAGUUUAAGAGGUGAAUUUGAAGCUGUCCAAAUGAAUGAGACAGAAAAGGUGUCAGAUUAUAUUUCAAGGGUCAUGGGGAUUGCCAACCAGAUGAGAAGGCUUGAUGAAGAGGUGACUGAUUUAAGGAUAAUUGACAAAAUUCUUAGAUCAGUUACAGAGAAGUUUGAUUAUGUGAUGACAGCCAUUGAAGAAUCAAAGGACUUGGAAGACAUGACUGUUGAAGAGUUAAGUGGUUCACUUGAAGCACAUGAGGAGAAGCUCAAUAGAAGAAAGAAAGAGCCUGUGGAGCAGGUUCUACAGUCAAGACUUUCUCUGGGUGAUAAAGAACAAAAGGGAGGCACAAGUCAAGGAGGACGAGGUCGAGGUCGAGGCCGUGGACGCAGUCGUGGUCGAGGACGUGGAAAAGGAGGAAGAAGUGUGCAGAACACUAAUCAAAGCAGAGAUGAAAAUUUUCAAUUUUCCUUUUUGAGAGGCCGUGGCAAAGGAGGAUUAAGGCCAUAUCAGAAGAGCAACCACAUGUGUGGAAACAAAGAAUUAUUUGUGGAGCUUGAUGAGAAAGUUGGCGGCAACAUCACCUUUGGAGACUCCUCCAAAAUACCAGUGAGGGGUAAAGGUAAAAUUCUGAUACGCAUGAAGGAUGGAAAUCAUCAAUUUAUCUCAAAUGUUUAUUAUGCACCUGACAUGAAGAGUAAUAUUUUGAGUGUGGUCCAAUUGUUAGAAAAGGGAUAUGCUGUUUUCACAAAAGGUUGCAGUUUGUACUUGAAAGAUUCUGCCAGAAGCUUGAUUGCCAAAGUCUCAAUGUCAAUGAAUCGUAUGUUUGCUAUGAACAUACAUACAUAUGUGGCUAAAUGCUUAACAUCUUGUUAUAAAGAUUCUUCAUGGCUGUGGCAUUUGAGAUUUGGGCAUAUGAACUUUGGAGGACUUAAGGCUAUGGCUAGCAAAAGAAUGGUGAAAGGCUUGCCCUCGGUGAAUCAACCUGAUCAACUUUGUGAAGGUUGUCUUCUUGGUAAACAAUCAAGAAAGAGCUUCCCAAAACAGUCUCAAUCAAGAGCUACGAGGCCACUACAGCUAGUUCACACUAAUGUCUGUGGGCCGAUCACCCCAUGUUCUUUUGGUAAGAACAAAUACUUUCUUUUGUUCAUUGAUGAUUAUAGUAGAAAAACAUGGGCAUUGAGAUCUGACAGAGGAGGUGAAUUCACUUCUAAAGAAUUUCAAGAGUUCUGUGCUGCCAAUGAAGUUCACCAUUUUCUUACUGCUCUAGGAUCGCCACAACAGAACGGAGUGGUGGAAAGGAAAAACAGAACCAUUCUAAAUAUGGCAAGAAGUAUGAUGAAGACCAAGAAGAUGCCAAGAAAGUUCUGGGCUGAAGUUGUUGAGUGCGCAGUCUACUUGUUGAACCGCUGCACAACAAAAGUAGUUGAAAAUAAAACUCUAAUUGAAUUAUGGAGUGGAAGAAAGCCCUCAGUCCAUCACCUGAAGGUGUUUGGAAGCAUUGCAUUUGCCCAUGUUCAUGAUGGAAAGCGCACCAAGCUUGAUGACAAGUGCAAGAAGUAUGUGUUUGUUGGUUAUGACUAUAGAACAAAAGGAUACAGGCUUUAUGAUCCAGAAGGUGGCAAAGCAGUCAUCAAUAGAGAUGUGGAUUUUGAUGAAGAAGCCAUGUGGGAUUGGAAAUCUCAAGAAGAGAAUUAUGAAUUUCUUCCGUCUUUUGCAGAAGAAGAUGAUGAAGAAGAAAGGCAAGAAAUCAUCACUCCCCCAGCAUCACCGUCUCGUGGUGAAAUUUCAUCCCCAGAAGGAAGCUCAAGUGAAGGGCCAUUGCGAACAAGGAGGCUCAGUGAUAUAUAUCAAGAAACUGAAGAAAUUGAAGAAACUAAUGAUGUUACACUAUUUUGCCUUUUUGCAGACAUUGAGCCUAUUAACUUCAAUGAAGCUGCCAAAGAUGAAAAGUGGAGAAAAGCAAUGGACGAGGAGAUGAAUGCAAUUAAAAGGAAUGAUACUUGGGAGCUAGUCACUCUUCCUCAAGGACAUGCUGCUAUUGGAGUGAAAUGGGUGUUCAAAGAGAAGAAGAAUUCUAAAGGAGAGGUAGAAAGAUAUAAAGCAAGGCUCAUGGCUAAAGGCCAUAAGCAGCAACAUGGCAUCGACUAUGAAGAGGUUUUUGCACCGGUAGCUCGUCUAGAGACAAUAAGGUUGAUAAUUUCUCUAGCAGCUCAAAACAAGUGGAAGAUUUUCCAAAUGGAUGUCAAGUCAGCCUUUAUAAAUGGCUCUCUUGAAGAAGAGGUGUGUGUUCAACAACCUCUUGGCUAUGUUGUAAAGGGUGAAGAGAAAAAGGUGCUUAAACUGAAGAAAGCUCUCUCUGGCUUAAAACAAGCUCCAAGAGCUUGGAAUUGCAGAAUUGACAGAUACUUUCAGGAGAAUGGCUUUGUCAAGUGCCCCUAUGAAUAUGCUCUCUACGUAAAGGUGAGCAAUGGUGGAAUUUUAAUUGUUUGCCUAUAUGUAGAUGAUCUAAUCUUUACAGGCAAUAAUCCAAGGAUGUUUGAAGAAUUCAAAAGGGCAAUGAGCAAUGAGUUUGAAAUGACAAAUAUAGGACUCAUGUCCUAUUAUCUUGGCAUAGAAGUGAAGCAGAUGGAGGAAGGGAUCUUCAUUUCACAAGAAAAUUAUGUGAGAGAGGUGCUUAAAAGAUUCAACAUGAGCAAUUGUAAACCAAUGAAUACUCCGAUUGCCAGUGGCAUCAAGCUAUCCAAGUUUGAAGAAGGUGGAAGUGUGGAUGCAACUCUUUUUCGGAAUUUAGUUGGAAGUUUGAGAUAUUUAACUUGCACAAGACUUGAUAUUUUGUUCAGAGUUGGAUUGGUUAGUCGAUAUUUGGAGGCUCCUGCAACAGUUCAUCUAAAGGCAGCAAAGAGGAUCCUUCGCUAUAUAAAAGGUACUAUUGAUUUUGGGUUGAAUUAUUUUGCCUCUAAUGACUUUACUCUUAGAGGUUUCAGUGACAGUGAUUGGGCCGGAGAUAUUGAUGAUAGAAAGAGCACCACUGGAUGUGUGUUUUACAUGGGUGAUACAGCUAUUACUUGGAGCUCGAAAAAGCAGCCCACUGUUACUCUGUCAACUUGUGAAGCAGAGUGUGUUGCUCUUAAUUCUUGUGUAACUCAUGCAGUUUGGUUGAGGAAUUUGCUAAAGGAGCUUCAUGUCACACAAGAGGGCCCAACGGAAAUAUAUGUUGACAAAAAAUCUUCAAUUGCAUUGGCAAAGAAUCCUCAAUUUCAUGAACGAAGCAAACAUAUUGAUACCAGGUAUCAUUAUGUGCGCCAGUGUGUUGAAGACAAAGUGGUGCAGCUAAUUUUUGUGAAAUCUCACAAUCAGAUGGCAGACAUCCUUACCAAGGCUCUCAAGUUUGAUGAUUUCAAGAAAUUAAGAAGCUGUCUUGGAGUUGGAAAAAGUCAUGUUUAAAGGGGGGUGUUGAAAGGAUAAACAUGCCUUGAAUGUCCAAUUCAUGUAUCUGGUAUGAAUAAUAUUUAAUAAUGUAUCUAAAAGAAUGGGAUUCAUGUAUACCAGUUAAUUAGGGAAGAACCAGUGUUCGUGAUUUAUCUAUAAAUAACUUUGUAAGUU